AUGGAUGAAAGUGUUUCUGAGUUUUUCAGGAGGACCAUCUUGAAAAUUCCAAUGACUGAAAUGAUGACAAUACUGAAAACCUGGAAUUUUUUGUCUGAAAAUCAACUGCAGACUGUAAACUUCCGGCAGAGAAAGGAAUCUCUUGUUCAGGACUUGGUUCUGCUUUGUGAGAAGAAUCAUGCAAGUCUCAAUGAUGCAGCCCUUUUAGACAUCAUUUAUACUCAAUUUCAUCGGCAUCAGAAAGUUUCGGAUGUUUUUCAGAUGAGUAAAGGACCAGAUGAAGACAUUGACCUUUUUGAUAUGGAACAAUUCAAAUUCUUAAGAAAAAUUCCUCAGAGAGCUUUAAAAAAUGUGACAGUCAGCUUCAGAGAUGCCGAGGAGAAUGCAGUAUGGAUUCAACUUGCCUGGGGAACACAGUAUAGAAAGCCAAACCAGUACAAACCUGCUUACGUGGUGUAUUAUUCCCAAACUCCGUAUGCCUUCACUUCUUCCUCCGAACUGAAAAGCAAUCUACCCCUUCUGGGUCAGGCACUGACAAUUGCUAGCAAACACCAUCAGAUUGUGAAAAUGGACCUCAGAAGCCAGUAUCUGGACGCUCUUAAGGCUAAUGUUUUUAAACUGUAUAAUCAGACCUUUGAAACUCACAACUCUACUACACCUCUACAAGAAAGAAGCCUUGAGCUAGAUAUAAAUAUGGAUUCAAGGAUCAUUCAUGAAAACAAAAUAGAAAAAGAGAGAGUCCAGAGAGUGACUCAAGAAAUCUUUGGGGACUAUCCACAACCAAAACUAGAAUUUGCACAAUAUAAGCUUGAAACGAAAUUCAAAAGUGACCUAAAUGGGGGCAUCCUGGCUGAGAGAGAAGAACCCCUCCGGUGCCUGGUUAAGUUCUCUUGCCCCCAUCUUCUGGAAGCACUGAAAUCCUUAGCACCAGCCGGUAUUGCAGAUGCACAACUUUCUCCAUUGCUCACUUGCAUACCCAAUAAGGGAAUGAAUUAUUUUAAAAUUAGAGAUAAAGAAGAUGUAUGUGGUUUUGUAAGCACAGAAUCCUUGACUGUAUUGCAUAUGCAUUUUAGUUAA